GCCUUUUCAGAUGGUCACGAAGGCGCGCGCAACUCAGCUUUGCAACCCCGUGCUUGCGCUUCCGGGAAAGAGGGGCAGAGAGCGCGUGAGUGAAUGUGACGCUUGAGACGAUUAGAAGAAGGUCUGUUGCAGGUUUGAGAUGUCUUACUCGUCACGGAGUUCCCUGGACUGUAAGGUGUAUGUAGGUGACCUGGGCAAUGGCGCGGCGAAGGGUGAGCUAGAGCGUGCGUUCAGCUACUAUGGGCCUCUGCGGAGCGUCUGGGUGGCGCGGAACCCUCCGGGCUUCGCUUUUGUUGAGUACGAAGACACUAGAGACGCUGAGGACGCUGUGAAGGGCAUGGACGGAAAAAUGCUGUGCGGGGCCCGGAUUCGUGUCGAAAUGUCAACUGGGAUGUCCAGGAAAUCCCGCUUUGGUCGGCCAAGCCGCAGACAGUUUGAUCCAAAUGACCGCUGCUACCAGUGUGGCGAGACAGGCCACUACGCCUACGACUGCUACCGCUACAACAAGAGAGGUGGCAGGCGCAGCAGGUCUCGCUCUCGGUCCAGAUCUCGUGGUCGUCGCUAUCACUCUCGCAGCCGUAGCAACGAGCGGAGGUAUCGCUCUCCAUCAUACUCCAGAAGGCGGAGCAGGUCGGCAUCCGCGGGCCGCUCCAGAUCCCGAACCCCAGUUCGCCGCUCUCGUUCCCCUGUGCGCCGGUCCAGGAGUCCUGCCAGAAGGUCGAGAACACCAGUCCGCAAGAACAGUCGUUCGCGAUCUUUGUCACGUUCACGCUCUGGCUCCAGACAAAGAGCACGCAGCGCGUCCAGAUCCAGAUCUCGUUCUCGCUCCGUAAGCAAGAAGAGAGACAGCCGUUCGAGGUCAAUCAGCCCGAGAAAGAGCCCGACACCUGAUGCUGACUGAUCUGGAAUGUUGACCCUCUCUUCUUUUAUCUCCGCCCCGUUCCGUCCUCUUCGUCCAAGCUUUCCUCCGCUUCUCCAUCAACUGAUGAACUUCUAUCACCUGGUGUCAUCGACUUCAUCUUUUCUUCUUUCCCAUCAUGGUUGCCCUUUCAGUUUUCAGUUUCAGACAUCUGUGCCUGCACCGUCUCGUCUCUUCUGCCUACCUCUCUACCCUUUUUUUUUUUUUUUUUUUUUUUCCUCUCCCCUAUUAAUUUUAAAAAUCUAUUCUUAAAAUGAUUUUAUGCCAUCGGUUUUAGUUUCAGGCCCGAGGCUGGUGGUCUGUAAUGAACGCAACAGUCACCAGUGUCGGUAUUGAAAGAAGAAAAGAUUGAGCCAUAAUUGAGUCAAAGCUAGGCUUUAAUUUUUGUUUCUUUCCCUUUGUUAUAAAAAAAAAUGCCAGUGGUCGUUUUUUUUUUUUUUUUAAAUAAAGUGAGUCUUUACACCUGAGUCUUUCUUUAUUGAGAUGCACAACCCACUACUUGCGUAGCUGCAUAUAAAUUCUAGUGUGUAAUGUUUCAGGUUUUUUAUGCUGGAUAUGAUUUGUUUUAUUAAUAAAUGGUAAUGUUCGAGUC